AUGUCCAUGUCGAGUGCUAGAACAUCAUUGUCUUCUCAGGAGCUUACCGGCGAAGCAAAAUUGACGGACGUUACGAAAAUUGUACAAAGCCUCAAAGCAGAUUUAGAGAAAAUUAGCCUUCUGCCGCAUCAACGAGAUGCGCUCCUGGAGCAGUUAAAGGUUUAUGGUCGUGACCCUACCAAUGCAGACCCGAUCUUUACUAAAGAGGGAAUCGAGACUCUUUCAAAGCAUGCUUUCAAUAGCCCUUCCAAAACUACUUCUCGAAAUGCGCUUCGAUGCCUCGCAAACGCCCUUCUCUUGAAGCCAGAUACACGGCAGAUAUUGGUUAGCUUGGGUUAUGAUGAGAGAGCUUGCGGUCUACUCAAAGAUAGAGUUGCAUCUGUUGACGACGAAUUUUUGUUGUCUAGAAUUAUCUUUCUUACAACUUACGGUACCACAAUAAACAUUGAGAAUCUCAUUGAUCAGUGUCAUCUGGCAGACACCAUCUCACACAAUAUUGCCAAUCAUGAUAAGCUUCACGGUGCGAAGCAGAAGAAAGUCAAGCAAUCGGAUCCGAUGGAAGAUAUGGCUCUUGCUGAAUCGCUUAAGCUUCUUUUCAACAUUACACAUUUUUGUCCCCAACGAAACUCCAGUUUUUCCCAAGCACUUCCUCAUAUUUUAUCCAUUCUUCAUAAAAUAGAGACGAUUCCGAGCGCACCUCUAGAUCCUCCUAUCGCGCAACUUGUCAACACUCUUAUAAACAUACCUCUUGAAGACCCGGGGAAUGUCAGUGUGUUGUUUCCUAAGGGAAGCCCGAACUUAAAUGUCGAAAAAUUCCUUGAACUCCUCGACCAUUCCAUCAACCAGUACAAAGACGAAGAACUUGAGCAGCUUGUCUCACCACUACUCACCCUCAUUCGUAAGGCAUACGAGAUAGGUCCCUCGGAUGUUCACCAAUUCAUGCAAACCCGAUUGCUUCCAAGUGAUAAAGACCGUGAGCAACCUGUAGGCAGAGGAGAGUCAUUAUCUGCACGCUUGAUUCAACUAUCUACAAGCCCCAUGGCGCCUCAAGUCCGGGAAUCGAUAUCUGCAUUGCUGUUUGAGCUGUCCGACAAGGACGCUAGCACGUUUGUUCAGAACCUCGGUUACGGAUUUGCCUCUGGCUUCUUGUUCCAGCACAAUGUCCCUAUUCCAGAAAAUGCUUUUGAAGCAUGGAGUACAGAGAAUGAUAAGGGCAAUGGUAAGACAAGGCCCAGUCAAGAUAGUGGGAAAGCAGUCAAUCCUAUUACAGGGCAACUCCUCGAAGCAGAGGAGAAGAUUGAUCUUCCAGAGAUGAGCCAGGAAGAGAAAGAGAGGGAGGCUGAAAGAUUAUUUGUAUUGUUUGAGCGAUUGAAGAAAAAUGGAAUAAUCACUGCGGCAAACCCUAUGGAGGAAGCGUUGCACCAAGGAAGGUUUGAAGAAUUGGAGGAUGAUGCAGAUUCCGAUUGA